AGUUUCGUGUCUCAUAAAUAUUCAUAAGAAAACAAUAUGGCGUCCAUGCUGGUGGUUGUGUACAUGGUCCAGCUAAUUUUACACCACAUAUCUCCAUCAGGGGGUUCAUCACACUGGGUUGUGACCGAGGAUGGACGAAUUCAAGCCCAGUUGGACACAGUUUUCAAUAUGAAGAGGCCCUAUGAUCUGGUAGCUUUUAUGAGACAGGAAGAAAGAUCAGGGAUGUUAGAUAAGUUAAAAGAGGAACUGCUGUCCAGGAAAGACGAGAUAGAUAAAAAUGAAGAUCGGGAUACAGGUCUGGAACAGAGGUUUUAUAAAACAGAUCCAGACUGUUUGAUGGCAGUCAAGCCUCUACCCGAGUUUGAUUUAUACAUCAGUACCGUGUUACCUUUAGAAAACAAAGGCAUACGGCCUGAAGAUCAUAUAGAUAUGAAGAGUAAGUUACCCUCAACUUUACUGGCUCCAAAUUGUGAAUUAAUAGAAGAUUUAUCAUUUAGUAUGGAUGCCUUUGAACAUUUAGAGGGCAUGAAGGACCGCUUGUCCCUCUCUGGUACCCCAGAGUUAGGUCUGAAGAAUGCCAUAACUUACCAAGACAGUGUUGAGGAAUAUGGGCAUAGAGUAUAUGAGGCCCUUAAAAAGAACACAACAUCAUGGGUGCUUUAUAAUAUGGCUGCAUUCUUUUGGAGGAUAAAAGGGGAUCCAUAUAUGACAAUAGAGUGUCUUAGAAGAGCAUUAAAUUAUUCUCCAAGGUUGCAUAAAGAUGUAGCAUUAAUUAGUUUGGCUAAUGUACUUCAUCGAGCCAGAUACUCUAAUGAAGCAGCAAUUGUUGUUCAUGCAGCACUUGAUGUGUCAAAGGAACUUAAUGUAAACCACUUUACUCUAGGAAAUAUUUAUGCUGUGAUGGCUGAGUACAAUAAGUCUGUUAUCUGUUUUGAGAAUACUCUGAAGAUCCAGCCUGAUUUUAAAGCUGCUGCAGAGAGAAAGUAUGCCGUGUUGUGUCAUGCCAAGUUAGAGGCUGCCCUAGAGACACAGCACAGAUCUCUCCAGAAAACACUGAAUGAUUUAAAAGAUUACCAGAAGAAGCAUGAUUACUGGCAGCAACAAAACGAGAAGCUGGUGUCGGAGCAGGUGUCUGCCAACAUCAAAAUCAACCAACAUGUCGCUCACGAGAGUCUCAAAAUGCAGCAAACUAAUGUGGAAAUAGGUGAGUUUUGUCAGAUGGUGGACAGGAAUGGCAGACAGGUGUUAAUGUGUACUUGGGGUAAGAAAGCCAUGGAGGAUGAAAUGGACUUCACAAUGUUUGGAGAUUUUGAGCAUGGAAACCUAGUAGACAUUAAUAAAAGAGAGGAGGAAGAAGAGGAAUCUCCCAUUAUUGACUACACCAAACCUGUCAGAGCUCCACUGUAUACCAAUUAUCAAUUAGAUAGAAAAGACACACCUCUCUACAAUCAUCCUGACAGUGACUGGCCAGCUAAAGAUGAAUGUGAUACGUACGUCCAGAAGGUCCCAGAUCCUCGGAAUCUGUCCACCAUUUAUCUCAGUCCCGAAAACAAAGGAUUCGAGGUGAAAGCAUUGUUGACAGAAGCCCAGAACCUGUUACCGGAGGAUGAACAUCCUCUCCCAUGGUACCCACCAGUUUGUGUGCCCCUAAUGGAGAUUCCCGAGGGUCAGAAGAAAACCUACGACCACAUCAAGUCCGUCUCUUACGAUGAGAGAACAAGAAUACCGCUAAAACUUAACGAUCCGUCCAUGUUUCCUAUCCUGAUUGCCCAUGUUAAUGAUGGGAUUGCUAUAGAAGAAAUAGGACAAAGACUAUUGACUGCUCUAAAACAGAAAAUAGGUCCUGGGUGGGUUUUGUAUAACUUGGCUGGACUGUAUUGGAGGAUCAUUGGUAACAACUACCAGGGGAUAGAGUGUAUCCGGCGCUCGCUGUACCUAGUACCGGACGAGUACCGAGAUGUACCGCUGAUUAACCUAGCUAACAUUCUGUACCUGUGGGGGCGGUUUGAAGACGCUGUCACGGUGAUGAAGGAUGCUUUGGCUGUUAAUGAUUUGGAGCCAGAGUCUCAUUAUUUCUAUGCAAACCUUCUCUGGGCAACUAAGAACUACACAGGAGCCGUCAAACAUUAUGAGAAAUCCCUGGACAUCCUACCAGAGAGUCAGGACACCUUCAAUAAUCUCCGAGCCAUUAGAUGCUACUUGAAAUUUCACCAUGCAGCUCAGAGUGCUGUUGCAGCCAAGCAGACAAAAAACCAGGGGUGUAUGUCUAAAAAUAAAGGGAGUGGAUCCAACGGAAACCAGGAGACGGAGAGCAGGGUUAUCUGUAAAAAUGAGAAUGGAGAAGAGAAGUGUGUCAUUGAGACGAGGAGUCGUACAAAGUCGGGGGAGUGUAACGGUCACUGUACCCAGACCUGUACAGUCACACCCAUCAAGUUUGACAGCUGUAAUGGGGAGGAGCCAGGGGCAGGUAGUGCAUGUUCCCAGAAAGGACCAACCCAACCAUUCCCAAACAGUGCUGAUGAACCCAACUUGGGAGGUGAUUUUUCUGAUCGGCUUGAUGACGUUAGUGAACACUUCAUGUCUAAGGGGGUGUGUGAAGGGGAGGAUUGUAGACAGCUCAAAGUACAGCAUGGAGGACAGCGUCCACACAUCAAGCUGGAGGUGGAGAAUGGAGUCCUCCAUCAGAAGCUGAUCUUCGCUCAGUCCGUAGAGGAACUUUACGUCGAACCCCACGAAUGUGUUAUUUUUAACGAUGGAAUGAAAUCCAGUGGAUGCAGCAGACCGGAAUAUAAAAACUAUCUACACAACAUCAUCACCAACAAAAUCGACUAUGAGCAGGUUGAACUUAUUCUGAUGGAGCACCUAAAUGCCCAAAAUGACCCAAAACACCAGACCAAGUGUUCAGGAAAAACUCAGAGUUGUAGCUGUUCUGAAACUGCCUCCCCUGAUGUCAAACCCCCAAAAGGCCCCAUGGUAGAGAAGAUUGAAAAAGUGACCUUGACCUGGGGGAGUGAGGAUGGGAACCCAAACAAACCUGACGUGUCUGACGGGAAGGAGCAGGAGAUCGCCCCAGUGGAGCAGCUGCCAGACAGUGAAUUACCAGAUACCACACACCACAUAGGUAGGAGGUACCAUAUAGCCAUGCCUUCUUUGGAGGAAUGCCAGAAUAUGCCUAAAAUGGAUUUUACUGAGUUCACCAGCACUUUCCUUUGUGUGUCUGCAAAAGGCAUAGAUUUGAGGAAACAUAUAGAUUUUGAGACAGUGAUUAAGAGGAACCUGGAGGAACCUGUUUGUAUGACGGACUUCUACAGUGACCUAGAACUGGACAUGUUACCGGGGAUCGUCAACAAGCUCCACCUUAACUACCACCCCGAGAGUGUACUCAAGGAGGUCCUACAGAAACUCGGGGGCGAUAAACAACCGGUGGAGGUUAUGGGGACAAGGAUCGCACAAGCUCUAAAAAAGAAUAUGACAUCUUGGGUUCUGGCUAGCACAGCAGCGUUAUACUGGAGGGUGGAGGGGGAUGCUAAACGUGCCAUAGACUGUCUCCGGCUGGCUCUGACCACAGCUCCAAAGGAUGUACAGGAUACUGCUCUUAUCAGUGUUGCCAACAUUUUACACAGAUCCGGCUAUUUGAAUGAUGCCAUAGUGGCUACAAACAUGGCCCUGGAUGUACCAGUCAAACUGGUGGUCAGCCACUUCACGAUGGCCAAUCUCUAUGCAGCAAAGGGUCAGUGGGAUAAGGCCACCAUGUUUUACGAGUCAACAUUAGGACUUCAGUCUUCCUUUGAGGCAGCUAAACAGAGACUGAAGAGAAUUAAAUGUCGCUUUGUGAUGCAGAGGCCGGAGAACCAAUCAGGGAAAAUCCACAGACCCUGAACCGCAACCUUAUCUUUAAUUACAGGGUUUUCAGUUUUACUUGUAUUUUAUAUGAAGAUAGUCCCAUUUUUUUAAUUACACCGUUUGUUUUGUAUUUUUGCGAGGAUACAGUUUCAAAGAUUUUUAUCUGACAUCAUGUUUCUGGAUAAUAUGCAGACAAGUAGCUGUCUUAUGUUUAUUGGGUUGUACUGAAGGUUUGAAAACCUAGUAAAUCAGUGUUGGAAUAAUUUUUUGGAACUUUGGAAGGCUGGAUCCAUGUUAGUCUUAUAAUUGCUUUUUUUCAUUUGUUAGAGUUUCUAAAAGGUGCUUAGCUAUUACAGUCAUUGCAGCUGAAAUAGUGAUAUUUGAAAUAUAGCUGUGAUGUUUUUGAUCUCAUUAAUUGCAUGUGUUGUUUACUUGUGACUGAGUUGUGUAAAUCAUGUGAAUGAUAAUUUGAAUCUGUUGAAAUAUUUAACAGGAAAAUUAGGGAUGUGCGAUUUUAUUGGUAUACCAGUAUAUCGCGAUUUUUUGUUGCAUGAUACGUAUCGUGAUACGGAGACCUAAAUACCGGUCUUUAGGUACAUAUUAUAAAGUCCAGAAAUUAUUCAUUUAUUUGUUCAAUCUUUUAAAUUACAAUUACAGAAAGUACAAAAAAUGUUGUAAAAAGUGAAAAGAACGGCAUCUUACCAUCCAAACCUAAUUGA